UUCACAGUACAAUUUAAUUAAGUCUUUGUUUAUAAGAUUAACUUUAUUAAUACGUUAAAAAAUGUCUUUUUUCUCAAUAUGUGGAUUUAUAAAAAGUCUAUAAUUAAAAUUGUGUGACCCAAUGAGAAACCAACCGGGCCCUUCUGAGCUUGCUAAUGAAUUUUACUCCUCGAUGUGUUGUGUUUGAAUAGUUCACGAUCAAUGUACUUUAUGUGCAAAACCUUAACAUCAAAACAUAUAUGUUCUGAUUAAUGCAAUUAAACAGAUUAGCAUAUUAAGUAAACGCGCCUCUCACUUUGUUGUAUGGAUGGAUUGGAGUCUUCGUUGGAGUUUGAGAGAGACUACAGCACCCUCAAGUGGUGAUGUUGGUCAACAAUGUGGUCCCUAUAAAACCUAGAAACUUUUUCCCUUACAUGUCCUCCUUUUAUUGGUUUGAUGAAUUGAAUCAUGGUCGUGGCUUUUUUUUUUUUUUUAUUGACUAUUAACAAACAAACAGGUCUAACAGAGAGAGAGAGAGAGAAAGACAAAUACAGUCAAUUUAGAAUCACCAACUAACCUAAAAGCAUGUCUCUGAAUGGUGGGAGGAAGCCGAAGCUGUGAGGCAUUAGUGCUAACCACCACACCACUGCACCAUCCUGGGUACAGUUACACCAAGCAACUCAGUCAAUUAUGAGUCAAUCAUGAUGAAGUAACUGGGCUAAUGUGUAAAUAUGCCUCGUGCAGUUCGUCCCCACAAACUGCAGUAAAAAACAGACAAAAGGUCAUUCUGUGCAUAUGCUCCUCGGAAGCAGGGCCUGCACAGCCUGUAACCACUGAGGGGAAAAUGAAUGCUUCUGUGUCAGGCUGCAUCCUACUUGGGAUAGCUGCUGCUAUCAUGGAGUGUCUAUCGCUGUUACCAUGGGGUGGGGUCCUGGUUUUCUAGGUCGGUGGGACAUGUCUAAGUAACAGGUCCAUAAGUUUCCCAGCACAACAUUGUAUUGUCACAAGAUGGUAAAUGGUAAUUACUUUCUCCGUUCAGUGGUUUUAAUGUUGUGGCCGAUCGGUUUAUCUUGGGCAUAUUUUGCAACAACGCUGCAUGAGAUCAUAUAAUCUCAAGAGAUCAAAGCCGAUGAUUCACGGUACUUAUAAAAAAAUCAUGGCUCCGCUUAAGAACCAUUAAGACACAAACAAUGCUCCCCACCAACAUGACAGAGUCUCUGACAGGAGGAGUUCCUCUCUCGGUGGACUUCGACAGUCCUGAGGACUAUUUCAUCUUUAUUUUCCAGCUUCUGUUCGCUACAACUACUGUUGUCGUAGCUGGAACAGUAGUCAUUGGUAUCUUGGCCACCAAAGCGCUGCGUCUCCAAAACAGAUUUAUUUUCAUGCUGAACACGAGUAUUUGUGACACAUUGGUUGGCUUUUCGGUGUAUUAUCUGGGUCUGUUUGACGUUAGGGAGGGGUACCCGUCUAGAAACGGAACUUACGAUGUUUUACCUUCACUUCUAGGGGUCAACAUUUUGACGUUUUUGUUCGCGCAAUUUGACCGCUAUUUCGCCGUGUGCCACCCUUACAUCUACAGCCGCUUCAUAACAAGACAGUUGGUGAUAGGCAUCAACAUCUACUGCUGGGUUUACAACUCUGCUCAUUUGCUCGCCAGGAAUUUUAUUCCAGUUUCCAAAGCGAUACAGCUGUACGUCUUCAGUAUCGUCUUCUUUCAAGUGAUCGUUCUGACAAAAGUGGCCAUGACCAUCAAACUGUAUGUUGUGGCCAGGUACCAGGUCGAGAGAGAUCCUCCCAGCGCCGAGAAAGAAAGCAAGAAAGAAUCGUUGAAAAUUAUCAUAUUUGUAGUCAUAAGCUUCCUGCUGUUGUGGUGCCCCUCUUUUGUUAAUAUCUUCAUCAGACUUGUGGUAGGAGGAGGGAUGAGUUUUAGGAACGAGGCCACCAACCUUUUCGCCAUCAUGGCUCGUUUCAACGCCGUGUGCACGCCGUGCGUGUAUAUCUGGGGGAGUCCGGCUCUGAGAGAGGCCAUUAAGAAUACAUUGUGGGGCAGACUGUGCCCACGAUGCAAGAAGAGGUAACAGUAGCA